AGCUCCUUCCUGUUGCGGAAACUAAGUCUAAGGUCACGUGACGGUUCCUUUGGCCGAUCCUUUACAGCGACGAGAGCGAGCGCUUGGCCGGACUAUCUGCGAUAUAUGUGUGUGUGAGGUCAGUCCCUCCCACAAGGAGCCAAUGGGAAUGUGGGAGGAAGCGAGUGACACAGGGAUGAAGGGGAAGAAGAAGAAGAAGGAUAAAAAUGAGGAGGAGGAGGAGCGGGGGAAGAAGGAGAGAAUGGUGAAUCUGACACUGGAGAUGAUCUAUCUGCUGACUGGAGAGCACUACAUCCCUAGGAAGAAGUCAGAUGAUGGGGGGGCCCUGCAUGCCCCUGGCUCCGUCAUACAGAAGGAAAAUAACAAGAAUGACAAGAAGAUCCUGGAACUCAUGUCCAACAUCAUCCAGCUGCUGACUGGAGAGGUUGCCAUAAGGACUCAUCAUGUUUCCAUCUAUUUUUCCUUGGACGAGUGGGAUUAUAUAAAAGGAAACAAGAACCUUUAUGAGGAAGGGAUAAAGGAGGAGUCACAGCAGCUCCCAUUACUGGACUGUGAGUAUGAAGAUAAGCGAGAUAUUCCAGCUGAUCUGGGAGGAACAUUAUGUUAUAAUAAUGAGCCAAGCAAGAUUGAGACUGAAGGAGCAGGUUUUUGUGCUGACGGAAAUCUCACAACCCCUGUUAUUUCUCCAGCGGAACAGCCCCCACCAGCCAAUGGGAUUAAAGAGGAAGUGGCUUCAUGGGAAGGGGAAAACCAAUCAGAUUGCAGUAUUAAUCCACAUGCAGAACAGAUACAGGGAACAAAUACACCUACUCCUAUUACAGGAUUCAGUUUAGUGAAAAACUUGUCUGAUACUUCUAUAUCAAGACCAUUCAUUUGCUCUUUAUGUGGAAAAAGUUUUGAGCAAGGUUCUUAUCUAAAUGAACAUAAGAAAACACACAUUGGAGUAAAACCAUUUUCUUGCUCGGACUGUGGGAAAUCUUUUACGUAUCGUUCAUAUCUUAUUAAGCAUCAGAGAAUACACUCAGGAGAGAAACCGUUCUCUUGUUCCGAGUGUACGAAAUCUUUUGCUGAUCGCUCCCACCUUACGGAGCAUCAGAAAAUCCACACAGGAGUCAAACCAUUUGCCUGUUCUGAAUGUGGGAAAUGUUUCAAUCGUCGCUCAAACCUAAACAAACACGAAAGAAUUCACGGAGUAGAAGCAAAACUGAAUUGUUCUGAGUGUGGGAAAUGUUUUUUAUCUCACUCGGAGUUUAUAGUGCACCAGAAAUGUCACGAGGAUCAUAGACCAUUUUCCUGUUCCAAGUGUGACAGUUGUUUUACGAAUCGUCCACAACUUGCUGCACAUCAACAAGUUCACAGAUUUUCGACUUCUGAAUGUGCGAAUGUCUUUCAAAAUCAUUCCAGCCUUAAUUCACAUGAUUCGCCUCAUACAGGAGAGAAACUAUUCUCUUGUUCUAAAUGUGGUAAAUGUUUUAAUCACCACUCUGUCUAUAACACACACCAAAGUACCCACAACAGGAAGAAACCAUUUUCAUGCACUGAAUGUGGGAAAUCUUUCUCAUACCGCUCCCAGCUUGCUAUACAUUACCGCCUUCACACUGAAGAGAAACCCUUUUCUUGUUCUGAAUGUGGCAAGUGUUUUAAGAAUAUGGCUCACCUUAAAGGGCACUGGAGAAUUCACACAGGAGAGAAGCCGUUUACUUGUUCUGAAUGCGGGAAGUGUUUUGCAUGUCAGCCUCACCUUAUUGACCAUCUUAGACUUCACACCGGAGAGGAAAUGUACAACUGUUCUGAAUGCCAUAAAUACUUUAAUAGGAAAAGCAAUCUCCUUAGGCAUCAGAGAAGCCACACACAAACAAAACCGUUUUCUUGUUCCGAAUGUGGGAAAUGUUUUAAGCAUCUCACCGAUCUUAAUGCUCAUCACAGAACUCACACAGGAGAGAAACCGUUCACUUGCACUGAAUGUGGGAAAUGUUUUACAUAUCGGUCACAGCUUAGUACACAUAACCAUCUUCACACAGGAGAGAAACCAUUUUCCUGCUCUGAAUGUGGGAAAAGUUUUGCUCGCCUUUCGCGGCUUAGAACACAUCAGCAGGUUCAUACAGGAAAGAAAUCAUUGUCUGAUCAUGAUUGCGCUUUAAGUUGGCCAUAGACUCAAGGAUAAAGUCAUAUGCAUCUUCAUUUCGUACGAUUCCCGGACCGCGUGGGGAUCAUCCCAACAUUUUUUUUUACCCCGACGAUUGCUUGUUUAGUUGAUAGAACAGGUUAGAAGAUUUCUGUUGGCUAACGAUAAUAUCUCUGCAUGUAUUGCCUAUGUCACUAUAUCAAUGGGUGACUGUCACUUCUAUUUGUCGGACAUAACUUUCGUAUGAUUGUUACAGGCAGAACAUCAUCAGAUUUGUUCUUUAAUCUGAAUGGUUAGUGGCAGGUCAGGAGAUUGCGACGUCUGAUCGUCCCUCCGAUACAAGGGUAAAAUCUGUACGUCUAUGGCCAGUUUAAAGUGAUAAUGCUGGGCGGGCUAUGACAAGGUUUUACAUCUUGAUCUGUCAUCUUCACAUGACAUUGAUGCUUCCUGAUCUGUUAUAAACGUUAUAAUUAGCCAGCAAAUACUUAAAGGUUUUGUGCCUCAAUUUUUUUGGGCCUUUUGCUAAUUAAAAAGAAAAGGCAACUUUCCCAUAUAUAUUAAUUAAACAUUUUCUAUGAUUUUAAAUUGAUUCAAUCAAAAUAAGUCUUUGCUAUCACUCCCAUAAUACUUUGUUCUGUGAGUAGCAUACCUGAGAAAAAAGAGAAUAAGAUCUAAAAAAGCAACAAAAUGCUUCUUUCCUUCUGUCAUCUCUCCUGAUAACCAAUGAGCAAAAAUCUCUCUAUUGGAUGCACACAGCAUGGCGAUCUUCUCCAAGGUCCAUCUGUCACCAUUUUCAGAGAGGGCUUUUCCCAUGCAGUAGUGUAAGGACCAAUGGCACACAGGGGUGCAUUGUUCAUCAGAUGGCAGAAACCAACAAGAUACCUCAUCUGUCAUAGUCCUAAGAGUAUGCAAGGCAUUGAGUCAACUGGAAAGUUGGCAUCUACUAAGGAGAAAGUUCUGUCCUACGUUGUUAAAUUACAGAGGGGACAGAGAAAGGCAACUAAGCUGGUAAAAGGUAUGGAAAAUCUUAGCUAUGAUGAAAGACUGGCCAAGUUGAGGUUGUUCAUGCUGGAGAAGAGGUGAUAUGAUAACUAUAUAUAUAUAUAAAGAUAUAAGGGGAUCGUAUAAUAAUCUCUCUAAUGCUUUAUUAAGGAAUUUGUUCCCUGUUUUUUCUAUCCGCAGUAUGCUGCAAUAAAUUUUUAACCAGUGCCA